UCUCUCUCUCUCUCUCUCGUGAGAAACGUCGACCGAUCGAUCGGCUCUUCUUCAUUCCCACUUCUUUCUCUCCGUUUCUUGAUUUGUUGGAUUUGAGCAACCCUCGGCGUCGUGGAUUUGGGCAUGGGCUGUAUGUUCAGAUGCUUUGGGUUCAAAGAUAACAAUGAUGAACGGAGGAGCCAUCCGGUUCCCAGUUCAAGUGCUUCCACGAGCAAGAUCGAUCAGGGCUAUUUGGUGCCAAAGCGGCAGCUGGGAUCCUUGUUUCUGGAUGAAGAGACAGAUUCCCCACCUGAGCAAGUAACAAUUCCGAGUGCAAAGAAAAAUGGUGUCAAAGAUGGCUUAUGCGGGGAAUUUAAGCAUGAGGCUGACUUUCUCAAGGCUUGUGGUGCUAUACUCCAAACUCCCGUAGAAAUAAAAAAAACAUCGGUAGGAACUGUCCAAGCUCCUCAUGAGCAUGGUGUUUCUUCCAGUUAUAACUCAUGGCUUCCUGGAACUUCUUGUAAGAAGCUUCUUUGGGAUGAAAAACGUGAGCUUUCCCAAUGUCCUAUACAGAUGCAAGACUUUGCUGGUUUUUCGCAGAGCAACUCUCAGAGCUGUAUAUUUGAGGGUCAUCAAACUCAGCACUGUAAAUGUUCUUUCCCUUCGACUAAUUGGAGCAACUCAGUGGACCUAGGUGUAGUACAAAAUGAAUCUGCUGUGGAACCAAAAUUGGAUAUUCAUACCCCAGAUAUAUCUCAUCAACACAAGUCCCAGACUCGGAAUUGUGCUUCUAAAUGUUCACCUUUUCCAACACCACUGAAAGUGACCAAUGAGAUGGAGACACCUGCAACAGUAUAUCCUGCCAAUCGAGAGAAUGUUAGAACUGGGAGAAACACCACAAUUCAGACACAGUAUGUAUGUCCGGUUAUCAAUGGUGUGGAAAAUCUCUCUCGGUGGAAACUGUUGGAUGAAGAUUCCUCUGAAAAAUUGCAAUCAUAUGACAAUCUAGAUAAGAAAACAAAUCAUAGUCCUGAUACUGGAGAUAAAAUGCAACAAAUGCAACUUAUAUCAGCUCCUGAGGAUUCUCAAUUGUCUGUCACCCACAGGCUCACCUCUCCAAGUGAUAAGAGAAGACAAAACGAUGAGGAAGUCUACACUGAUAAAUAUGUUUCUGGGAAGACUAUGAACAAAUUGGAAGCACCUUCCGAUGAUAGAGAUAAGACAAUAUUGAGCCUGAAAUACCCAGAGCAAGUAGUAACAAGCUUAUCUCAAUGGUUGAAACCUCCUAUUAAAAAGGAUGGACUGCACAAUGAGCUUCAUGAAAAAUCUUGCUCAGGAAAGAGCUCUGAUGCAGACAGGCCCAUUCUUGGCAUGGUUGCAGCACACUGGAAAGAUGAAGAGCCUGAACCUAAAUUGUCGAAAAGGUGGGAUGGAAAUGGAAUUCCAAACUCAACAAACAAGUAUAAAGAGGAUCAGAAAGUCAGCUGGCAUGCAACCCCAUUUGAAGAGAGACUAGAGAAAGCACUCUCUGAUGAAAAUUUCAUACCACAAAGGAACCUUCAUCAUGGAAAACUGAUAGAAUUGGAGGGUGAAGGUGAGCUAAGCGAUACGGCGGCAUCAUAAAAUGGUAAUCACCAUGAAUUUUGUGCACUCAAGGUUUAAAAAUGUUGACAUUUGCCAUGUUUCUUUAUCGGUUAGUACUGUAUAAACUGCAGCAUCUCUUUUCGAUUUGAUGCUGUCGUUUGCCUCGAACACAAAAACUACUUAUUCUCCACAGAGAAUCUCUGUACAUAAAAAUCUGGAAAUCUUUUCUGGAUAUUAGACUUCUUCCUAGCAUACAGCAACUUUAGAGCUUUUUUUAGGCCCUUGAAUGUGUUCAAGUGACCACAUAAA